UUACUUCCCAUGGACCUACUGUGGUUAUGCCUUCUUGGUUCUGCUCCCGAGACUGGUUUAAUCAUGUUGGCAAGUUUGACGAGGGAGGCAAGGGUGUUCCAGAAGAUUUGAUUUUCUUUUAUGAUCAUCUGCGCAAAGAUGGAACUCUUCACCGGAUAAACCAGUGCCUUCUACUUUAUCGUUAUCAUGAACAAGCUGCAACACAUUCCGUCUUGGAAGAGACCAUCUGGAACCAUCGUGUGAAAUUCCUUGAAGAGCGGGUGCUGGACCACUGGAUAUCUUUUACCAUCUGGAAUGCUGGGAAGCAAGGCAGGAAGUUAUACAGAAGCUUGUCAUUAGCUAAUCAGAAAAAGGUUUUAGCAUUCUGUGAUGUUGAUGAGAAGAAGAUAAAAAAGGGGGUUUAUACCCAUGAAGAGUCAAAGGUGAAACCCAAACCAAAAGUACUAAUAAAGCAUUUCAGAGAUGCAUCUCCGCCUUUUAUCAUCUGUGUUAAGCUGGAUCUAACAGGUGGGCAGUUUGAAGACAAUCUAAACUCACUCAACUUGAAGGAAGGGAAGGACUACUAUCAUUUCAGUUAAAGGCUCAGAAGAUCUCAAGAUGCAGAGACAUUAGUUAUUACGUAUUAACAAUUCCUGAAAACUCUGAUUUAAAUAUAUCAGACAUGUAUCAUGCAUAAGUCAUGUUGCUACAGGAUUGUCUUGUAGGAUAUCUAAAAGCUUAAGGAACUGACUUAUGAUGGCAGGUACUGAAGUGUAUAUUCUGUUUUUAAUGGUUUCUGUUAUGAUGACCGAACAGUUCUGCAUACUGCCCCCCCCCCCUUUUCAGCACAUGCAAAUCCAUGCAAGACUGAAACAGUACAAACUAGCCUCAUUGGCCAAAAUUGAUAUUUUUAUCAUUGUGUUUUUCUCAGCUGCCAAAAGACCUUGAAAUUUGUAACACCAUGAUUAUGUUAGCAUUUUCGUUAUGGAAAUUCAAAUGCAAAACUGGAGCAGAUAACCUACUGUUCUACGAGAUGCAUUUUUAGUUGCUGUGUUAAGCAGUUUACUUCUGUUAAUCGUGUCAGUUAAAUAUAAGGCAUAGUCAUACUUGGACAGCUGUACAGUAUAAACUACACAAGCAAUACUACAUUUCACAUAAAUGUUCCAUAAUAUGGAAGUAGUGUUUUUAUCCUUAAAUGUGUUUUACCUUUGGGUAUUUUAUCACAGUGACGUGAAACAUUACGUUACAAGAAUUUGUAGUCAUGUAAAAUAUGUGCAUUACAAAGAUUACAGAUCUAUUAAACAUUGUACUGUUUCUGAAAAUUGUCCACAUUAGGUCAUGCGACCUGUACUAACAGUUAGGUAGGAAAUAUGUUACAUUUCAACAUGAACUCUGCUUAGAAUAUUUUACUUAUUUUUACAUGUAAAAAUAAAAUAAAAGUACUUUUAUAUCUUAAUAGUUCAUGAGUUUUUUUCCAUCCCCCAUCCCUUCAGUUUUUGAAAACAGAUGGCAGUAUCCCAGCUUUUUGCUCCAUAUGUUAGCCAUCACAUGGCCAUGCUUAUACUGCUGUUUGUGUUUAAGCUUGGUACUUGGCUUUAUCACAAAUCACAACACUAACUCUGUUCUAUUAAUGCUUUUGUUGCAGUAGCAGUCAAUCUGUGCAACUUUAGUGACCCCUUAAUUGUCCAAGAAUAAAGUUGUUUCAGUCAGUACCCUUUACUGCCGAUUUUUUUGCAGUCUUUGUCCCUUUACCUUCCCACUGACCUUUGACAACAUGCCAUUACCCCUCUCUCACCCCAUCAGCAGAUGUUCUGUUUUAUCCAGGCUACUUAGGCCAAUUGUUUUACAGAUAUUGUUAUUGUUUAUAAUUUCAUUUACAAAUCUUGUAGGCUCAUAAAUGUGCACUUAGCCAACAACCAGUGGGGCCCUUUUAAGCUUAGCCAUACAUACCAAAUCUCUGACAAGUUCCUGGAACCCUGAUAUAUGAAAUUGGCAGCUUGGGAGAUGAAACAGUUACAAGCAGUGGCCUGGCAGAUCAACCAUUUACAGGAUGCCUGUGUCCAUUAGAGACAUAGAUGCCAAACCAGGGAUGAAUUUAUUGUUCCUGAUCCAACUGUCGAAGUUACACCUGAAUUGGGUUGGGGAGGACUUCACAUGGUUGGAGAGUCUGUUCCAGAAAGGGAUAGUCUCUGGACUACAUACUUAUCUUUCCAGCAGGUCUUCUUCUUCUUCUCCUUUCGGCUUUUCCCGGUGAGGGGGCACCACAGUGGAACAACAUUCCACAGAAUGAUUGGCAGUGGAGUUUUUUAUGGUGUCGACUUGCCAGCCUGGAACCCAAUGUUCCAUAGAAGGCAUCCACGUGCACACACUUACACCUAAGGCCAAUUUAGAGUGUCCAAUCCACUUACAGCAUGUCUUUGGGAUGCAGGAGGAAGCCAGAGCACCCGGAGGAAACCCAGGUGACCACAGGGAGGACAUGCAAACUCCACACAGAAGGCACCCCAGCCAAGAAUCGAACCGGAGAACCUCUUGCUGUGAGAUGCCUGUCCAGCAGGUCUGUUUAUAUAAUAUGCAAGGUUUAAGUCUGUAGAACAGGUAAUUCUGGUGCUGUUUAUUUAUCAACGUGCAGGAGGUCCAUCAGGGUGAGGUCCAACAGUACCUUGUAUGACAAGAAUAGAUCUGCCCUCAAUAGCCUGUAGAAACAGAGAAGAGAAUACAGGGACAGGUCUUUUAGGCAGUUUGUAUAGAACAUGUUACUUAUACUCUGUAUUCUUUUAGUGAGUAACUGCUGUGGAUGUUAUAGUUGCUGGAUGUGCCUGGGUAUGUACAUACCAAAGGAGGCAUUAUACUUGAUGACUGGGCUGAUGAAUGCUGAAAACAGUGGAACAA